UAUUAGAAUUUAGAUUUACCCACCAUCAUCAAUGAAUGAAUCGACGACUUUCUCUCUCAAAUAAUCUCCCAAACAGAUUCCCCUGAUUCCCUGAAUCCCCUUCUUCAUCAUCAUCAUCAUGUCCGUCUCUAUAGCCUACCAAGAACACCUCCCAUCGGUCCCCAAUUGGCUAAACAAUGGCGACAACGGAUGGCAACUCACCGCCGCCACUCUCGUCGGAAUGCAAAGCAUGCCCGGUUUAGUAAUCCUUUACGCCAGCAUAGUUAAGAAGAAAUGGGCUGUCAAUUCAGCUUUCAUGGCACUUUACGCCUUCGCCGCCGUCUUAAUCUGUUGGGUUUUAGUCGCCUUUCGUUUAGCUUUCGGCGAUCGACUUCUCCCCUUUUGGGGAAAAGGUGGACCGGCCCUUGACCAAAAGUUUCUGAUUCGUCGUGCCCGGGUCCCGGAAAGCGCCCACUAUCGCAGCGAUGGUUCGAUCGAAGCGAAGAUGAUCGAGCCGUUCUAUCCCAUGGCUACGUUGGUCUAUUUCCAGUUCAGUUUUGCGGCGCUGACGGUUAUCUUGCUGGCGGGUUCGGUUUUAGGGAGGAUGAACAUUAGGGCUUGGAUGGCUUUUGUUCCUCUUUGGUUGAUUUUCUCGUACACCGUCGGUGCUUUCAGCCUUUGGGGCGGUGGGUUUUUGUUUCAUUGGGGUGUUAUUGAUUACUCCGGUGGAUAUGUUAUUCAUCUCUCUUCUGGAAUCGCUGGUUUCACUGCUGCUUAUUGGGUCGGGCCACGGCAGAAGAGUGAUAGGGAAAGAUUCUCGCCGAAUAAUGUUCUAUUGAUGUUAGCCGGAGCAGGGUUACUCUGGAUGGGAUGGUCUGGUUUCAACGGCGGUGCGCCGUACGCGGCCAACAUAGAUGCUUCAAUUGCAGUUCUCAAUACCCAUUUAUGCGCCGCCACUAGCCUACUCGUGUGGACUUCUCUCGACGUCGCGUUCUUCAAAAAACCGUCGGUCAUCGGAGCUGUUCAGGGCAUGAUGACCGGACUUGUCUGCAUCACUCCGGGUGCAGGAGUUGUACAAUCAUGGGCAGCAAUUGUAAUGGGGAUACUAUCUGGUAGCAUUCCAUGGUUCACCAUGAUGAUCCUUCAUAAAAAGUCAGCUUUCCUCCAAAAGGUUGAUGAUACUCUAGGCGUAUUCCAUACUCAUGCAGUGGCUGGACUAUUAGGUGGUAUCUUAACCGGGCUUCUAGCCGAGCCUGUCCUAUGUAGACUCGUACUCCCCUUGAGUAGCUCAAGGGGAGCAUUCUACGGAGGGACAGGUGGAGUCCAACUCCUAAAGCAAAUCGUGGCAGCCUUAUUUGUGAUUGUAUGGAACAUUGUGGUGACGACGAUUAUCUUGCUUUCGAUAAAGUUAUUCAUUCCACUUAGGAUACCCGAAGAUCAACUCAUGAUUGGAGAUGAUGCGGUUCAUGGGGAAGAAGCUUAUGCUUUGUGGGGAGAUGGUGAAAGGUUUGUUCCGGCUAAUCAUGGUUUGGGAGGUUUUCAUGGAGGGGAUGUUUCACCUAAUGGUUUUAAUGGGGCUAGAGGAGUCACAAUUAAUUUGUAACUUUAGUAGGUUUUGUAUUCAAUUUAAUGUAAGUGGGGAUUCAUUUUUUUUUUAUGGUUGAAUAUAUUAAAUAAAUAGCAUAAAAGAGGGUUAAGGUCAAUU